AUGCGCUCGGAUGGCCAAUUGCCAUCACCUGGAUUGUAUGAGAUCCGGGGGCCGGACAGGCCACACAAUGCUGCACCUCUUCCUGACGAGGCUGCGACGUCAGCCUCCACCGAGACGCCGAGUCGCACUGGCUUCGUUGGCGACCAGUCUCACCUGGCCGUGGAGUCAUGUGCGAAAAAUCAGGUUGACGCUCUUGAGGCACAUAUUUCUGAAUUGCCAAACAACCUAGACGAAUUCACGCAAAACAUCCUCAGGGCCAGCGAAGCCUUGGUCCUUCCCGGAGAUUCCAUCAUUCGAGCAAUGCACGACUUGUAUCGCGAUCACGCCUUUCAUCGGCUGCCGGUCAUUGGAGAGACGGACUUAUUGUCUCCUGGCCACGGAUCAACUUUGCUCUGUCUGGCGGUUCUCGUGGUAGGGUCUCUCCUCCGACAUCCUCACAACAAGAAAACGCCCGGUCCGCUCGCGUUCCCAUAUUACCGAAACGCCAAGUUACUUCUCAACCUUGAGGUCGAGCCUGACAAUCUCAACAGGCUGAAAGCCAUGUGCCUUCUUAGCUCUUGGAGCAUGUGCACACCAAGUAAGGUCACCUUGGACAGCCCGUGGCACUGGAAUGGGGUUUCAUUGAGGUUGGCCAUCCAGAUGGGUCUGCACCGUCGUACGACAUACAGUGGCAGGUCUGACACCGGCGUUAGUCGACGAGUCUGGUGGACAAUCUAUGGAAACAAUGUGCUGCAAGCCGUAUGCUUUGGACGUCCUCUGCCGAUCAGAGCCGAGGAUUUUGACAUCGAGUUACCCAAGCUGGAAGACUUUCAGACUUUGAAUGAUGCUAGCCUAUGCUUCAUUGAGUUCUCCAAGCUUGUGGUGAUCAUGGCGAGCAUCGUGGAAGCAAGCAUAAAGCGACGCCAUCAAAGUCACUUUGAUGUCACAGACAUUGUCACUGGCCUUCAAGCGUGGGUCCGAGAGCUAAAUCCACGGUUCAAGCUCCAAGAUCGAGGUAGGAGACUGCAGUACUCUCGCCCAGGCUCGGAACUACAUAUCAUGUAUUGCGUUUGCGUCAUUCUUUUUUUGAGUCUACCUGGGAAUCUGCAUCAGAAGAAUGUUGCAGACCAGGGGAACCUUCUUGCAGCCUCCUGCAUUGCUCGCCUCUACGAAGAAAUGGGACAUCGAGACGAUAUCAAUUUCCUGCUCCCAAUCCAUGACUAUUUUGCGAUGGUGGCGGGAGCUCAAUUGAUUGCGGCGCUACGGCUACCUUCGACGCAAUCGGACAGGCUACGGGAAGAUCUGGGCAUCAUCAAAGACAGCAUGUUAGCGACCAUGAGUCUGAAAUGGCCUGGAGCGAAGGCUGUAUUGAUUCGUCUACAGUACCUCGAGCAGAAUGCGGCUUCCACCAUCUGUCCAGAGACAGGGUCGAACGAUGUAAUGGGGCAUCGGGAGCCUGAACGUCCUAUUCAAGGAAGCCACCUCCCCAACCACAUCCUGCAGUCGUUGCUCCCUUUCUCUAACAUCUUUUGCGGGGUUCAACUACCGACCAGCAAUGUUUCCGUGUUUCCCAGCUUGGCCGGACAAGCUGAUCAUCCAAACCCAAACACCUUUGACAUGGUCACUCCAUGGAUCCUGAAUGACGAAUGCCUUGACAUGGAUGCUUUCGACUGUACGACUUGGGUCAAUUUUGACAAUCUAACGUCUCUUGAUCACAUUUAA